UUGACAGCCUACUAUAGUAUCACAGAGGCUAUUUCUGCUCAUCUUUCCUUUAUCUCCACUAAUUUGUACAAUUUCCAGAAAAAAACACCACUAAUUUGUACGAUAAAAAUUUUCUAAACCCGGGGUCAAUUGUUCUUUCUUCUGUAUGACUAAUAGCAACAUCGAAUCCUUGCAAGGAUGUCAUCCGAUGGAUUGGAUGAGUCUGGAGUUAUGGUAAUUCAGAGGGAGGAUUUGGUUGAGUUCACGGACUAUUUAAGUUCCGAAAAUGUGAUUUGCAAGGCUCAAUUUUGCAAGCUUUAUCGUGGUAAGAUUCCUCAAGGCUGGAACGGGCUUGAAGGCGGAGAUGUGACAGUGAAGGCGUGGGAGAAGGAAGCGGCCGAGUCUAGAAGCCCCGGUUUUGCCAGGUAUUACGACGAACUUGUGGACAAUUUCGACUUCGAGAUAGCUUUUCUCAAGUCUCGUAAAGCCACUUCGUGUUCCUCCAACUUGCCGAGGUUAAUUGCAUAUGCCCGUUGUGAUGACCAUGAGUUCUUGGGUGUUGUGUAUAUGAUUUUCAGUCACGGAAUACAUUGCGCAACUUCUGGUGUGUUUGCGCAAUUUUUUUCCACAGGUUGGAAUGGAGAAUAUGCUGAUGUGUUUGCUUUUGGUGUCAUACUCUGUGAGCUUCUGUAUAAACGUAAGGUUGAUCAGACACCACCUCCUAAUGGAGAUUUGUUCUUGUACAUGGAAGUUCUGAAGGCUUUUCCCAUGGAAAAAUCAAAAGUUAAAAGUCUUUUCGGGAAAAAGAGGGAAUUUUCCUUUGUUGACCGAAGUUUUGAAAAAGAUCCUUAUUUUAAUGCUCUUGAUGGACCCAAAAUCUCCAAGUUGGCAAGGCUGUGCUUGGAUCUUGAUCUGGAAACCUGCCCGAAUAUGCAGAAAGUGGUGAAGUGUUUGGAGAAGCUCCAUAUUGGGAGAGAUAAUGUUAAAAUGUUCACUGCUUUUAGAUACUAAUCUUGGAGUUACUGGCUGUAAAAACUGCAACAUCUGCUAACUUGGUUUUUUGCCCC